GAGGGCUCACUGCGUCAUGUCGUCAGCGCGCGUGGAUUGAAUUCGAGAACUAUGCGGAGAUAAAUAGUUAAACAAUAAAAAACAGUCAAAAUACAAGCUAACAACAAACAAUUAAAUACUGAUCAAAUAAGCUAAAGUGAAGUGUGUGCUCAGAAUUUUUUGACCCAACCACUAAAUCCACAUCGAGGUUUCCGAUCUUCACGUCGAAAUGAGUCUGCCGUCGGGUGUGGACAUGCAGAAUCUAAUGUCGCAGCAUCCGGUCCUGGGAGCACUGCCACCUGCUUUCUUCCUGCGAGCCGCCUCGGAACGCUACCAAAGGACGCCCAAGUGCGCCCGCUGCAGGAACCACGGAGUGGUCAGCGCCUUGAAGGGACACAAGCGCUACUGCCGCUGGCGGGAUUGCGUCUGCGCCAAAUGCACUCUAAUCGCGGAACGCCAAAGGGUUAUGGCUGCUCAGGUGGCCCUCCGACGCCAACAGGCCCAAGAAGAGAACGAGGCCCGCGAGCUGGGCCUGCUAUACACCUCGGUUCCUGGCCAGCAGAAUGGCAGCGACAGUGCCACGCCCACUCCGCACAGCCCCAACCACAGCGGCAGCGGCGGCUCGGGCAGCGGAGGAUCGGGCCAGAACGGCGUCUUCCACGGCGGGAUUCCCUCACCACCCAGCGACGGCUUCGAGGCCAGCUCCACUCCCAAUCACCACCAGCAGUCGCAGCAGCAGCAGCAACAGGCGCACCACCAGCAGCACCUCAGCCACCCACACCAGCAGUCCCAGCGGUUCAAUGGCAAUGAAUCCGACACGGAUGGACGCACCCGUUCCGAGCACCUCAGCGUGGGCUUCUCGCCCACCAGAACCGAGCUGGAUGAGAGUCCUGUAUCCAAGCGCGGAGCAGCCCUGUCCAACGAGACCGACCAGGACACGGGCUCCGAGUCCGGAUCGCCGAGUAGUCCCCGGCCCAAGGUCGCCGGACUGUUCAAUCUGACCGCCAGCUUGUCGCCCGCCCGCACUGGACCGCCCAGCUCGCCGGAAUCGGAUCUGGACGUGGAUUCGGCGCCGGAUGAGGCCACGCCGGAGAACCUCAGUCUCAAGAAGGAGGACAGCCAGUCGCCGCCCAACACACCCGCCGAGAAUCUCCAUCUGCUGCGUUCCUUCAGCAGCAGUCACGCCCAGGGCUUCCUGCCAUAUCACCACACGCAGUUCCUGGCCGCCGCCGGCCUGCCCGCCCACCACCACCCAGCGGCGCACUCGCCGCACCACCAGCAGCAGCAACAGCAGCAGCAGCAGAACCACCUGCCACAGCACCACCAGCAACAGCAGCAGCAGCAGAGAUCGCCCAUCGACGUCCUGAUGAGGGUGUUCCCCAACCGACGGCGCAGCGAUGUGGAGCAGCUGAUGCAGCGGUUCCGUGGCGACGUGCUCCAGGCCAUGGAGUGCAUGCUGGCUGGCGAGGAUUUGGGACAGACUCCGCCGCAGGUGCCGCCAUCGCCGCCCUUUCCCAUGAAGUCCGCCUUCUCCCCGCUGGUGCCGCCCUCGGUUUUCGGCUCCCCCACCCAUCGCUACCAUCCCUUCAUGCAGGCGCACGCCAAGCGAUUCCUGACUGCUCCCUACGCCGGAACGGGCUACCUUCCGGGAGUGCUCAGUGCGGCGGAUAUCGAGCAAUCCGAGUCCAAUGGAGCGGGCGGCAUAGGGAUGGAUCGCACCAGCAAUGCUGGCGACUCCCAGGAUUGAGGCAGCGAGGUGGAGGCCAGCGGCGCGUCCGUCUUCAGGCCUUUCGAGUAAGGUACCCAUCCAUGCUACACUGCGGAAAACGCCAAUUGCAGAAACAAACCUUCUUGAUUUUUGAACAACUGUUUCUCGCAGUGCACGUCCCGCGACUAAGUGUAAAUUACAUUUGCCCUCGACUCUUAGCACAAGUAUUGUAACAUAAAAACCGCAUAAGUAAAUAAUACGUUUAAGGAAUUAAAAGUUAAGAAAAACCAUACACUCGAUCCCAGUUAUAAGAAGUAUUUGUUUAGCUGAAAUUAACAUUAUGACGAUGAUGAGAUUAUUGUGUAAGCGAUUGUUGAUUGCAACCAACUAAUUGAGAUAUCCGUGUGUACCAUAUGAAUAAGAGCAUAUAUAUAAUUAUAUUAAACAUCAUAUUAUGUCUUAGAUAAAGUACAUUUCAAACACUGUGUUAAAGUAUUUAAUAAAUCUACAAAUAAUUCAAUAAAAUUAU